AUGGCAUCCAAAGGCGCGAUACCCUUUCUCGUGGCAAUGAUGCUGCUCACAGGAGUCUGCAAUACGCUCCUGACCAAAUAUCAGGACAAGCAGUGUGUUCGCGACUGUGACGGAAGACGACCUGUGCUAUUCGAACAACCCGUGCUGCAAACGGCGCAGAUGUUUGUCGGUGAAAUGGGCUGCUGGCUAGUCAUCGCGCUGCUGGCGUUGUAUCGGAAGCUAGUUUCAAAGUCACCUCCCGAAAGUCGCGGCUAUCUCACCGUGGGGACGACGGACGUUUUCCAGGAUGAGCAAGGUGGAAUACCCAAUGCGACCGACACCUCCGUCCUCCGCGGCUUUCGGAUUCUUCUCCUGGCGCUGCCAGCCGUGUGCGACAUCUGCGGCACAACCUUGAUGAACGCGGGACUUCUUCUUGUUGCCGCAUCCAUCUACCAGAUGACCCGCGGUGCCUUGGUGUUGUUUGUCGGUCUUUUCAGCGUCAUGUUCCUUCGAAGGCGGCUAUAUCUGUUCCAGUGGCUUUCCCUUGUUGGCGUUGUGCUAGGCGUCGCUGUCGUAGGCUUAGCAGGCGCUAUCUGGCCCGAUGAGAAGAAGCCCUCGCAAAGCAUCGGGAGCGCUGAGUCCGGAAAUACAAGCGAAGGGGCCCUUUCGGAUGCCAGCAGAGCCAUUGUCGGGGUGCUUCUGAUUGCUGGUGCGCAAAUCUUUACCGCAACACAGUUUGUCCUUGAAGAAUGGAUGUUGGAGAACUCGUCAAUUGAGCCUAUCAAGGUCGUUGGCUGGGAGGGAAUAUUUGGUCUCUCCGUCACAUUGUUGGCCAUGGUUUCGAUGCAUUUCCUGGUUGGACGGACAGAGGCAGGAAAGUACGGCCCCUUUGACAUGGUCGAGGGGUUUCGACAAAUGUCGCAGCGCAGGAUUUUGGUUUCCAGUCUCCUCAUUAUGAUCAGCAUUGGCGGUUUUAAUUUCUUUGGCCUUUCGGUUACACGAAGUGUCAGCGCAACAUCACGAUCAACAAUCGACACCUGUCGAACCCUCUUCAUCUGGAUCGUUUCCUUGGGUCUAGGCUGGGAGACGUUCAAAUCUCUUCAGAUUGUCGGGUUCGCCAUGCUUGUCUACUCCACCUUCGUUUUCAACGGCAUUGUUCAACCUCCAUUCAGAAGCCUCCGCGUCGACGAGGAAGUGGAAGAGCUGCUUCCCGAGGAACCCUUGGGGCAUUGA